GCGCUGUGUUUUCCUACCAACGAAUCCGCAUUUUGAGAGAGAGAGAGAGAGAGAGAGCUGGAAAUCCGGCUCAUUCGUCCACGUAAAAGGAUAACAGAGAAGGAGAGAGCGAGAGAGAGAGAGAGAUGGGGGACGAAUCUAGGGUUCGAGAAGAAGCUCUUGGGAUCUUGGGACUUUUCCAAGUCCUUCCUCGAUUGGUCGUCUUCGAUCUCGAUUACGCUCUCUGGCCUUUCUACUGUGAUUGCCGCUCCAAAAGAGAAAUGCCGUCUCUUUAUCCACAUGCUAAGGGCAUACUGUAUGCACUCAAGGAUAAGGGAAUUGACAUAGCAAUUGCUUCUCGAUCACCAACUCCCGACAUAGCAAAAACUUUUCUCAACAAAUUGGAGAUACAAUCCAUGUUUGUGGCACAAGAGAUCUUUUCUAGCUGGACACACAAGACGGAUCAUUUCCAAAGAAUCCAUCGGAGGACGGAGGUGCCUUAUAAAUCAAUGCUCUUUUUCGAUGAUGAGGAUAGGAACAUUGAAGCGGUAUCGCAGAUGGGGGUGACGAGCAUUUUGGUGAACAAUGGAGUAAAUCUCGGAGCUUUGAGGCUGGGGCUAACAAAUUUCACCCGCAACUCUGCCACUCCUGAUAGAAAUAAGUGAAAGUGAUGCCGUGGCCUAUUGAAGACUUCUCUUGGCUUGUCACGGAGAGGCAGGGAAAGCAGGAAGAGUGAUGUGGCAUAUUUGGGGGUGAGGAACAACAGAUUAUUAGUGGGUCAGUGUUAGCGGUGGUUAGAAGGGUUAAGCAAGAUGUGGUGGAAUGGGCCUCUUAACCAAACACCGUUGAUGUUUGUAAUAUAUCUUCUUUGUUUGGGCCGCAGUUGCUGUUUCUGCC